AAUUUUUUCCCCUUAUUUUAAAGAAUUACAGAGUUGAUGGGAUAUGAGCCAGAGGAACUCCUGGGUCGCUCCAUCUAUGAGUACUAUCAUGCACUGGAUUCUGAUCAUCUGACCAAAACACACCAUGACAUGUUCACAAAAGGGCAGGUGACAACAGGACAGUACAGAAUGCUUGCUAAACAAGGUGGCUAUGUCUGGGUUGAAACUCAAGCAACUGUUAUAUACAACACUAAGAAUUCUCAGCCACAGUGCAUAGUGUGCGUAAACUAUGUGUUGAGUGGAAUUGUUCAGAAGGACUUGAUUUUUUCCCUUGGACAAACUGAGUGUAUGCUGAAACCAGUGGAGUCUCCUGAUAUGAAAAUGACCAAAACAUUCAGCAAAGAUGACCUGGAUGAUACCAACAGUCUUUUUGAAAAACUUAAGCAGGAACCAGAUGCUUUAACUGUGCUGGCCCCAGCUGCUGGAGACACAAUUAUCUCUCUAGAUUUCAGCAGUAAUGAGUCUGAUGAACAACAAUGUGAUGAAGUUCCUUUGUAUAACGAUGUAAUGCUCCCCUCAUCCAGUGAGAAAUUGCAGAAUAUAAAUAUGGCAAUGUCCCCACUACCUGCUUCUGAAACUACAAAGCCACUUCGUAGCAAUGCUGAUCCUGCACUUAAUAGAGAAGUUGUAUCAAAGCUGGAGCCAAACACAGAGCCACUUGAACUUUCUUUUACCAUGCCUCAGGUGCAAGAGCAACCAACCAGCCCUUCUGAUGCAAGUACCAGCCAAAGUUCACCUGAGCCCAGUAGUCCCAACGACUACUGCUUUGAUGUGGAUAAUGAUAUGGCUAACGAAUUCAAACUGGAAUUAGUGGAGAAACUCUUUGCAAUAGAUACAGAAGCAAAAAAUCCAUUCUCUACUCAGGAAACUGAUUUAGACUUGGAGAUGUUGGCUCCUUACAUCCCAAUGGAUGAUGACUUCCAGUUGCGCUCCUUUGACCAGCUAUCUCCACUGGAAAGCAGUUCUUCCGGCUCUCAAAAUGGAGCCACCAUUACCAUAUUUCAGCAGACUCAGACACCAUCCAGUACUGCUGAUGAAAUAAAACCAGUGACAGAACGUGUAGAUGAUGUGAAGACGCUAAUUGUUCCUUCAUCUCCUGUCCACCUAAUCAGUGAAACGAGUAGUGCCCCAGCAUCACCUUACGGUGGGAACAGGAGUCGAACUGCGUCUCCGAUCAGAGCAGGAAAAGGAACAUUGGAUCAGACAGAAAAAUCUUGUCCGGGAGCACCCAGUUUGCUAACAGUCACUCUGAACAAAAGAUCUACUGCAAUGGAUGAAGAACUAAAUCCAAAGAUGCUAGCUUUGCAUAAUGCUCAGAGAAAACGAAAAAUGGAACAUGAUGGUUCACUUUUUCAGGCAGUUGGAAUUGGGUCUUUAUUCCAGCAGACAGGUGACCGUGGAGGAAAUGCAUCACUUGCUUGGAAACGUGUAAAGGGAUGCAAAACAAAUGGUCGUAAUGGAGUGGAGCAAAAGACAAUCAUUCUGUUAUCAACUGACAUAGCAAGUAAACUUCUAGGGCAGUCGAUGGAUGAAAGUGGACUACCCCAACUCACGAGUUACGAUUGCGAAGUAAAUGCUCCCAUACAAGGCAACAGAAACCUGCUACAGGGUGAAGAACUGCUCAGAGCUCUGGAUCAAGUUAACUGAGCUUUCACAAUACUUGUUCCUUUUUUGGACACUGGUGAAUCAUCACCUAAAGCAGUCUAUUUAUAUUUUCUAUAUCUGAUUUUAGAAGCCUGGCUACAGUACUGCACUAAUUCAGUUAGUUCAGUUUUGAUCCCCUUUCUACUUAUUUUGACAGUCUUUUUAAUAUGUUCUUUAUGUAACAAUAACUCAAACUAUAGUGCAUUUUUAUAAUUCUUUGGUACAUACACUUUUAAGUCCAUUACAUUUAAAACACACUUGCAAUAGCAGCUUUGAAAUAUGCACCUGAUUUUAAAAAAAUAUUUAUUUUUUGGCUGGGGAGUUUGUCACCAAAACCUAUCAUUAGUAAAAUGUCAACACAGGAAAAAAAAACUGGCAAUGCUUCCAUCCUGCUCUUCAUAGGUAGUUGGAAGACUUGUGCUCUCUUACUCUUUAUGUUCAAAUAAGUUUUUUAUUUUAAUAGCUUUUAUAAGAAACAACAAUGCUUUGCAGCAGUGCAUUGUAGCCACAAUCGCACAAUAUAUUUUCUUAAAAAAUACCAGCAGUUCCUCAUGCAAUAUAUUCUGCAUUUAUAAAAAAUAGUUUUUAAGAAGAAUCUUCUUUUAUUUGCCUAUAAAAUCAUGUUUAAACCUGGAUUAUGUCAUUAUUUUAGUCACAUUGUAACAUAAAUUGUUCUUAAAUGCUGUCUUAUGCUUUUGACUUAAAUAAGUGUGGUUAGUCAAAGGAAAGGCUUUAUCUGGAAAGGGCUAGCAGCAUUUUAUUUGGAUACAUUCUCAAUUUAGAGAGAGUUUGAUGUUCUUAAAGUAGUCACUUUACCAGCUUAAGAAAAAAUAAUUCCCUGCCUGUAGUUGUUGAAGUUAAUGCUAAUAUUGUGUAUGAUCUUAAAUCUAAAUGUUCAGCUUACCCUGUGUGGUAUAGGUGAUAUUUCAAGCAGAUUGUAAAACAUCUUGCAUUGUUAGCAAAGUUUUAUCUAGUACUUCAUUGAGUUGCUCAAUAUUUUGAUGUUUUGGUUUUAUGCACCUUGUUGCUAUUAACAUUCAUAUGUUUUCAUGUAGAUUUCAAUAACUUGAAUAUAUUUAGAAGCCUUUUUAUUUAGAAAUAUAUAGUUGUCACAAACAUCUUAUUUUCCUAUAUGUACUGUACAAAACCUUCAUUCAAUCAUUCUUUUGCUCUUUGUGGUUGGAUCUAACACUAACUGUAUUGUUUUCUUACAUCAAUAAACUAUAUGUGGACCAGGCCCCCUUGGGGAGUGUGUUAUCUGAGAGAAAUGAGAUAAUUUAUAUUUUUGUUAGUGGUUAUUGUUCAUCUGUGUUCCCUUUUUAACUUAGAGUUGAUUGGAAAUCACUGCUUCCUUAUUUUGAUUGUAACAUCUCCGCGUUAAUUAUUUGAGCCUAUUCAGUACUGAAGUCUCCUAGACAGUGUUGUACUACCGCUCGCCAAAGAUGUUAAAUUUUUGAAUCUGUUAUCACACCAGUUAGCAAACUUGCAAGUGAGGAGACAGUGUAUUUGUGUUACUUGAGAGUGGAAAGAUUCUUCCUUAUGAACAGCUUGAAGGCUUGACUCUGGGAGCUUUAUCAAGGUAACACUGGAAAGCAGGAAAAAGUAAAAUUCACGACAGUGAUCAAUUAAAGAUGGAUUUUUAUCACAAAACUGCAUGAUUAAAAAAAUAAGCCGGUACUUGAUGAUAAAUCUUGUUCUACAUUCACGUGCUGUUGCCUCAGUUACUUUGACUAGGUGACUUUUCUCAUUUUGCUGUUACAGAACACGAUGCUACUACUAACAACCUUGUAAUGUGUAAAAAUGGUCAAGAUAUUCUGUGCGUUCUUCAAACUAUUUUUAAAAACUUACCUCUGCAAGAAAUCAAAUGUGGAGUGGCACAAUUUUGGUUUUAUUUUGAAAAUUUUGGUUUCAUUGGACUCCGGUGAGUCUUUUGAAAUAAUAUAAUGGUACAUAAGCUUAACCUGUCUCCUAAAAUUACUGUUUCACUGAAAAGAGCACUUUUCAAACUGACACAACUGUAUUAAUUGAACUUAAUGGACACUGUUGGCUUCCAACUAAAAAAAUAAGGCACUGGUAGCAGAAGACAGUUGCAUACUUAAAGUUUGAGUAGAAAUUGCACAAAGAGAGGAGAAAGCAUGUGGGUGUAUGAAGCUGGAGUUGAAGCUUGGUGCAGAUAACAUUUUGAAUAUAUACACCUGCUACUGAAUACUGAAGAUUUUUUUUUAAAUGCAGCCUUAGGUGU